UUCUAACCCUAACCCUUUGCCCCUUUAUUUUCUCCACUUUCACCUUCUUAGGGACGUAGAGAUAGACGACCUGAGGGGCCAGCUUUACAAGAUGCAGGAGGACUGGGUUGAGGAGGAAUGUCACCGUGUUGAGACUCAACUGGCUUUGAAGGAUGCGCGUCAGGAGAUCCAGCAGCUCAAACAGGCCGUGGACACUGUUCGCGACAGGCUCAGUGAUGCUGGGGGGCUGAGCGGCGACAUAGGGGUCCAGAAGUACUUUCAGGACAUCAACACUCAGAACCACAAGCUUGAGAACCUUUUGCUCAACAUGGAGCUAGCCCAGGCUGGAUUAGCCAAGGAGGGGGAAGCCAUACCAGGCAGUCGGACCCGUGUUGGAGGUUCUGCACCAGCAUCUGUAUCAGGGGAAAGUCCUGGAAUACCCAAACCGGCAGUAGGAGGAAGGGGGUCUUGUUCCUGCGACUGUUCUCCAGCCCGUUCUUUGACAAGGAGCUCCACCUACACUAAGCUGAGUGAUCAAGCCCUUGGGGACAGGAAUGGCAAUGGCCCGGACUAUCCUUGUUUGUCAGGUGAUGGCACCCAGGACAGUGGUUUUGUGUGUUGUGGGGAAAGCAACGUCACCAGACGGGCCGACCUUCUGCUGGAGGCCGCAUUCCUCUCUGAAGAAACAGCAUCUUUACUCAACUCCUACGCACAGACCUUCUCCCAAUCUCUGCCCAACUCCCUGCCCCAUACUCUACGCAACCCCCUGCCCCAUUCUCUGCCCAACUCAUUGCCUCACACCUUCUCCCAUACCUUGCCUCACUCCUUCCCUCGCAAUAUGUCCCACUCUGUUCCCCACGCCAUCCAGCACUCCUCCACCUAUGAGAAGCUGUGCACGGGCGAGCGGCUGGCAUCCCUUCGUUGUGGUCUGGGUGGAGCGGGCUGUAGGAGCCAUCCCUGCCUGUCCCACCACCACCUCUACCUGCACUCCUUGCGGGAGACCGGCAUUCAGACCGAAAGCUGCCCCAUCCCAGCAACGGCAGGUUACCCCUCUGAUCUGGAUACCAUAGCGGAGCAACGUACAUUCCGCUCUCAGGCCUGCAGCCCCACCUCCACCUGGAUGUCUGAUGAGGGCGAUGAGGAUCUGGACUCCAUAACCACCACAACUUCAAUAACCACCGCAACAAUGAUGAGUACGGCCACAGAGCCGAUUCUGGUCACCAAAACCCCACCGGUCCCUUCCUUACCAAGGUCCGCUACUGAUGCGUGCUCCAUGGAAAGUCCUCUUUGUGGAGAAGAUGUGGAGGAAGAGGAAAAGCAAGACAAGGAGAACAGAGAAAAGGAAGCUGUGACAAUAGAACAACGGGAGGAAACAACGGUGGUCAGAUUGGCAGAAGAAGAGCAGCAGACGCAAGUGGGCUCAAUGGGAGGGAAUGAGUUGGAAGUUCACGGAACAGAAGAGGAUUUAACAGAAACAUCAGCAGGGAUGCAGGGUGAGUUUGGAGGAAGCUGUGAAGAAGUCAGACAGGUUGGGUCAACACUAGAAAACCUCAGCAUGGAAGACAGGCAGCAAGAAGUUGGUCUAGCAGCAGGAUCACCCCAGGUAGAGAAAGCCGAACUGAGUCCCAGUUGCUCAGGAUUAACACCAGACGUAGAACAGCCUCACACCUCACAGCCGAGGAGAUCCACUUCAGAGGAGAUCGCCGGUGUCACUGUGGUGGAGUUGCAUGAUGAGGACAAUGAUGAAGAUGAAGCUAAAGAACAAGGUGCAACAGGGGGAGCCACACCCAAGGAGGACGAGUCAUCGGACUCUGGGACAAUGGUAAAAACCUACUGGAGUCGUCACUUCCUGGUUGAUCUUCUGGCGGUGGCUAUCCCCGUGGUGCCAACCGUGGCGUGGUUCUGUCGCGGCCCCGUCCGUGGUGAACAGCCCAUUUAUCAUAUAGGGUCGCUGCUGCGAGGCUGUUGCACUGUGGCGCUGCACUCACUGCGCAGGGGAGGUGGGUUGAGGCACUACCCUGCAGGCGGGGGAGAUAUGGGUGGAUCACAGAUAUAAGAGGAGAGUCUGGUCCGUCCUCCGUGGUACUUAACUACAACUUCUCCUGUGUGGGUAUGGGUCCUUCGCUUGUUGGAAGAUACCUGUAAGGAAAGUGGUAGAAACAACUUCCUGUCCUGCAUUCUUCAAGGUUAACAGCUAAGGGGAACAUCCGGGACAGGAAUUCUGCAUUUAUGACCUACAUCUCUAACUGGUUAGGUCUGUUCUGUUCUGGUCCUAAUCCUUAUCGUCUCCGACCCACUGGUCCUUGCUGUUGCUACCAAGAUGUCUGCUAACACUACUGACUCCUGCAAAACUGAAUGAGCUGAUUAGAAUGAAUGAUCUGUGCUUGAAUGUUUAACGCUGAUUGUUUUCUUUUUAAAUGCAGGGAAAUGCUAAAAGGUUCAUCGAUCUGUCAAUCUACCAGGCUGUCUCGAAAUAAAAAUGUUCUAAUGAUCUUAUGUAUGUAUAAAAAUGUGUCCAUGUACAACACUUCGCUCACUGACCAGUAAAGGGAGGAUCCACUCUAAUUCAGUCGUCACACAUGUCCUACUGUAUGACUGCAGACAGUUUUUUUUUACUUUGAAAUCAAAAACAUUGAGCUAUCACUAUCAAGAAAGACAACGUAGAACAAUGCUGUUAAGAACCUUCAACUCAGUUAGAGGGCAGAUCGAUUAUGUUGUUACUACAGAUUACUGCUGCUUUAACUGUUUCUGUCGACAAAAUUAAGACAGAGGACUUCUUGAAUACAGACUUGUCUUGAACAGGAAAUGAGGAAAAUAACUGCCUCAGAAAUGAGUUGGGGGUUAUGAUUUUGGCCAAAGAAAGAUUUGAAGCAAAAACUAGGUAGGAACAAAACUAAAUAAAUAAUUGUUUUUACUGUUUAUCUUCUCCAUGAACAGCAUCUCUCUGGACGAUUGACUGUGUAGCUACUCAGUUUCAACUCCUAAACUGUUAACCUCAACCAUUAAAAGAAUAGUUGGACACUUUUGGAAGUAUGUUAUUUGCUUUUUUGAUGCGCGUUAGAUGAGAAGAUCAAUGACACUCUCAUAUCCGUACUCUAAAUAUGAAUCUAAAACCCACAGGCGGUUAGCUUAGCUUAGCAACAAGAUCAGAAGUAGGGGGGAACAGCUAGCUUACUCUGUCCUAUCCACCUUCCAGAUUCUCUAACAGAAGUUUUAAAUUGUUUUGCAUUGUUUUCCUUGUAUUUAUCUUCAUGGCUUUGUUCUUGGAUUCAGGCUAUAAGAGAGAGUAAUUAGGAACAACAUGGACGUUACGUUUUAAAGUGGAUUUCACCUGUCCUCAGUCAUACACUGAAGCGUGCAUUCAAAGCAAACUCAGCUGAACUGAGAAAUAAGAUAAACUCCAUUUGGGUUGCUUUGGUCGGACACUUGUUUGUAGAUACUCACUAACUCAGUUUGACACUUUGAUGUAGAUCUGAAUAAAGUGAGUUGUGCUUAGUCUGUGCUCUGUGCUGUAUAUUCCUGCUAACCUGAUGCUCUCGUGGUUUAACUGUCAAUGGUAUGUAUUUCAAGUCCGCUGUACAAGAGUUAGUCAGUCACUGCGAAUAAAAUCAACAUUGUUUAAUAGAUUAUUCUGCAAAGCAUUUCUGGACACAGAGUACAUGUUAGUGAACUCAAAAUGUAAAAUCAAAAGAUAUGUAGGUUGUUAUCACUUUUAGGAUCAGGGUGUUUAAUUGGUUUGAAUGUGAGGGAUUUUAUUUGAAAUGUCGGUACCACUUCACAAUAAGACUACCCUUAUAAAGGAUUCAUAAAGGGUUUAUAAUUAGG